UAAUAUAUAUUAUUUCUAACCACAGUGGAAACGUGGUGUGUUCGAUAAAUAAUUAAGUCUGAGUUAAAAUGAAUAUUAUAUUUGAUACACGGGGUCAAGCUGAUCUAUUAACUAAAAACAGUCUUUUGGACAGCGAUGAUGAUCCCGAAAUCGAAAGGAUUGGUAAUAAUCUAUUAUAUUAAAGAUGUUUACUGUAUAUAUCUAGAUCCAACGAAAAUUAUCAAAGAUGAAAAAAAGAAAACAAUUAAAUCCAAGCGAAGCUCUAGUAAUGACAUUGAUCUAGAUGAAUUUGAAGCUGAUAUGGGUUGGCGUAAUAAAAAGAAGAAACAGCCAAAAUUUGCCACAAAUGUUCGCACCAUAACAAAAGACCUUACUCCAAUUGACAAAGUUCUGGAAAAAUCUGUAAUAAAGCCAGGCUUUGAACAGUUAGAAUCUGUACCUAGGUAUGAUGAGAGUGAGAAACGCUUACGUGCUCUAAGACGGCGAGAACGCGAGAAAACUAAAGGGAAGAAAUGGUUCAAUUUACCAGCAACUGAAGUUACUGAAGAGAUCAAACACGAUCUUGAAGUUAUUCAGAUGAGAUCGGUCUUGGAUCCCAAACACUUCUAUAAGAAGAAUGAUAUCAAGGCUCUACCUAAGUACUUCCAAAUAGGCAAAGUAAUCGAUUCACCACUAGAUUAUUAUAAUGGACGUCUAACAAAGAAGGAGCGUAAGCGUACUAUAGUCGACGAACUUAUGGCUGAUGCUGAAUUUGCUAAGUACAAUAAACGCAAGUACAAAGAGAUCAUCGAGGAAAAACGUAAAAUGCACUAUAAAGCACACAGGCAUGCCAAGAAAUUAAAGGGAAAGAAGAAGAAGUAAAUUAGAUACUAUUUAUGAUUAUCUUGUAAAUAUUUAUUCUUACACUAAGUUUACCAUUGACCAUAAUUCCCUGCUGUCAUAUAUUGAGAGAUUAUGCAUUAAAAAAUAUGUAUAAGAAUUACUGAACUCAUGUAGUAAAGUUCAUUUUAACCGUUUAAAGAAUAUUUCGAAUACACUGAUAUCACAAAAUUAA